CUCCGCGAAUCGGACAUCACGUUCGUUUGCAUUUUAGAAAGUGAGAGAACGACUGGAUCUCUCCGUAUAUGUUACACAGACUCAAUGAAAAGUCAGUUUCAGGUCUGGUCUAUCAGGACUGUACCAGUAACAACGUAUUUCAUCCAUGAAACGGGAAGUCGCGUGAUUAUUAAUGACUUUUGGUGGGAAAAGCCUUCGAGUCGGGCAUACGGUGGAUUUUCGUGUGUUUCACGGGUGAUUUUGAAAUUGUUCUUUGCCACAAAUCGGACCGUGUUAUGUUAUAUGGAUACGUUACGGAUAAAGGCAGCGCUGCAUUUCAAUAGGAUACGGACAGUCUGAAGAGAGAUCCACGUUUUCAUCACUGAACCUCUGCGAAGAUCUUGAUUUGCACGUCUUGUGGUGAUUUCAGUAGUGAAAAUGUGAGGAUAUGUAUAACAGAAGGCAGCAGCGGUGUAUUGUGAAAUGCAUUUCCAUAUUUCAUACGGCACCGGAGCGCAACAUGUAUUUCCUGCGUGAAUCCUGUGCGCACCGAUAAUGCACAGGAAGGGAAAUGCAUUUUAACAGAUUGUAUCAGGCCACGAUACGCUCUCCGAUCACGAUCGCGUCUGUUUUCUCGAUUUAAGCUGCCAUUCGGGUUUUAUUUAGCUUAUCACAGCGUGUCAUGCUGAUCUGGGGCGAAACAUCUCGUUCAAUGGUCGCCUCGCUUCCUUCCUGAGUCCUGAUGUUCUUCAUCCAUGCGAGGAUUCACCAUGGAAACCCACCGUGAGCGCUGGUGGACACCGAGACUGGAUCCUCGACUGGAAACAGAGAGGCUGAUGGAUGUGUAAACAGCUCCCAUAUCCUUUUUGUCACCUUCAUGUCAACUUGCUGAGACCGCAGACCUCCGAAAAACAAAGGCGUGUAGCUGGGGGCAUUUGUUCGAGAAGAGCCUCCCAAGUGCCAAAGCCUGUCUAGGCGCUGGCGGGGGCCAAUGCCACGAACAUGCAUGCAAGAUCUGUUUCGGUGUCUAAACAUGCCAGGCAUGACAAUCAGGUGUCCGCUUCGGAUCUGAUCUCAGGUUUGGACAUUGGCGAACACGUUUCCAUGCAAUGUUUUUCCAGCGUCCGUUGCAUUAAAACCCACACGGAGUGUUAGUUUUUAUAGCAUCUUUUACAAUCCAACACCCCAGAAUGCCUCGGAACCGGACCUUUUCCGAGCCCGAGUAUUCUGCGGAGUAUUCGGCGGACUGUUCGGUCACCCUGCCCUCUGACCCCGGGCAGGCGGUGGGACGCACCCACGAGGUGACCGUGCGCAGCUCUGGCUGCUGCCUGUGUCUGCCGCGGUUCAUGCGUCUGACCUUCGCGCCAGACUCUCUGGAGAACCUCUACCAGACCUAUUUCCGCCGGCAGCGGCACGAGACCCUGCUGGUGCUGGUGGUGUUCGCGGCCCUCUUCGACUGCUACAUCAUUGUGAUGUGCACUGUGCUCUACACGAGCGAUAAGCUGGCGUCUGUGGCCGUGGCGUCGGUGGGGCUGGCGGCGGAUGUCCUGCUGUACCUGCUGUGCCGGUUCGGUCUGCUCCCGGACCGUGUGACACGCCGCCUGGUGCCCUACGCCUUAUGGGUGCUCAUAGCGGCCCAGAUCUUCUGUUACUUAGGACUGAACUUCGCCCGCUUCCAUCAGCCCAGCGACACGGUGGGCUGGCAGGCGUUUUUUAGCUUUUCCUUCUUUCUGACGCUGCCGCUGCGGCUGACCCCCAUAGUGCUGAUCACGGCCGUGUCCUGCGGCGUGCACACGCUCGUCCUGGGCGUCACGAUUGCCCAGCAGCAGCAGGAGGACAUUCAGGGGGCGGCUUUUGGAAGACAGUUGCUGGCCAACAUUGUGAUCUACUUCUGUGCCAUCACCGUGGGCGUCAUGUCGUAUUACAUGGCCGACCGCAAACACCGCAAGGCCUUUCUGGAGGCCCGGCAGUCGCUGGAGGUGAAGCUCAACCUGGAGGAGCAAAGUCAGCAGCAG